AUGGGUACUCACAGCCUCGACAAAUUCGACCCCUACCCAUCGAUCUCCCUCCACGGCACCGGCCACUGCGGACGUGUCUCCAGGCGAAUUAUCGAUACCGAAUUGACCAACAUCGAUGCCAGCAACUGGUUUUCGAUGUCGUCCAUACUCCUCGUUAAGGCUCGAUACACCAUCAAGCCAAACGCUGACAUCUGCUCUGUCCAGAACGAAACGGUAGCCAACACUGCAAGUCACUAUGAGUCUGAAAAGUCAGCACCUCAAGCCCCGGCAUCCAUCUCUGCCAACUUUAUUAAGUACCAGACAAUCUUCGAUGCCGACAUGCUGGCCUAUAUGUACAAGGUUGUCUACAAACCCAACCGCACUUACACCCUUGACCACGGCUUCCUUCAAGACCAGGAGUCCACAAGGAACCCUCAAUACGAAGUUAUCUAUCCUUUUGACGACUACUAUUCUGUCCAGAACGACGACGACAUCUUGCCUGUCUACAUCGCCAUCGUGCGCAAGUAG